AUGGAAAGACGAACGUUAUGUGUGUUCUUCGUUGUAACUUUACUGGUAAACGGCUUUUGCCUACCUGCGCAUAGAUCAAGAAGGCAGGAUAGUUCAUCGAUAGAAACGACGACGUCUAGUUCUACAGUCACAGAAGACGUUUCACUUACAGAUACUAAAGAUAACGCAAGCCCGCAAUCAAUUCCUAUCGAUCCUAGUGAUGACGAUGAUGAUGAUGAUGAUGAUAUUCCUCCUUCACCGGUCCCAUCUAGCGGAGGAAGUAAUAUAUUCAGCCUGUUAAACGUACUCGGCGCUAUUCUUCCUGGAUCGAGUAGCUCUAGUUUUCAGCCGCUUCUACAGAACGCCAUUGGCAAUUUAUUGAAGCGACUACCGCCACGUAUUUCUAGACGACAAGACAUGGAUUUCAAUAUAAAACCACCGACGUUACAAAGACAAGAAGAUGAUGAAAAAGAUUCAAAUAGCGAAACAUCUGAAUCCAACGAAGAGAGCGAUGAAAAGAAUUCAAAUCAAGAGCUAGAUUCGGAAAUGAGUUCAGAUGACGACGAUUAUGAUGAACCGGAGGGUGAUGGACAGGGUGGCUUAUUGGGGUUACUGGCUGGUCUAAGUGGUGGAGAGGACGGUCAAUCUGACUUGGGUUCCCUUCUCGCAACAGUCAGUGGUAUUAUAGCAAACUUAAGUGGUGAUGGAAUCGAUCUAAACAGCUUGAUAGCAUCUGGGAUCGGUUUAUUUGUUGGAAUAUUGUCUGAAGGAAAUGAAAACCCUGGAUCAGUUAUAGCCAGUUAUUUUCUAACAUCUUUAGAUACCAUUACUGGAGGCGGCGCGACAAACAAUGGAGCAUUUUUCGGAAACCUACUAUCUAAAUUAGCUUUUGGAACCAGUGCGGUGGAAGGUCAGGAAUCCAAUUCAGAUGAAACUGGAGAUCAACCAGAAAUGAAGGAUUCAGCUGGAUUCUUCUCGAGUUUAUUGAUGGCGCUUUUAGGAAACAUGUCUAAAACCAGUUCCAGUGGUUCUCAUCCUUAG